AUGAAACCAGCAAGACCUUGUGAUGGGGUGGAUUCAGCUUCGGAAAACGCAUGCCCCGGCCAUUAUGACGAGAGAUUCACGGUCGACGAUAGGGAGCAGCCUAUUGAUGAAGUAAUCAAGAUGUUCAGCCGAACGAUACACGAGCGACUGGAGAAAAAAGAACAACAGAUCGUCGGCCUCAAAGCGCAAAUCCAAAGGCUGAAAACGCUAAAUGAUAAUCUCCGAACCAACAUGAUGGAUAAAGAUCAAGUCUAUGGCCGGCAGGAAGAGGACAACAAGAUAAAGGGCCAUGUGGAUGCGCUGUUCAGGGAUAUAAAAGCGUCCGUGAAUAAAUGGUGCCGAAACUCUGGAGACAGGAACCCCCCUUUGGUUGGCGAAAUCGACCAAGAUCUUUUCAAGCUCUGCGGGCAGGUGCUCCCAUGCCUUAACCAUUUCGAUGAGCUGCAGAGCUAUUUGGAAUCUGUGGAUCCAAAAAAGUCCUGGCGAAUGUUUUACCGAGGACUCCUAGCAGCCAUUGUGACCAACAGAACCUUCCGGUCUGUCACCCUGGAAAAGACAUCUGGCCACGACUUUAGCCUCGGCAAGGCCGACCACGAGGCAGCGAUAGGAUUUUUGGAGCUUGAACUGAUGAAGCUUGGCAACCUUGCUAAUUUGAACAACUGGCGCGCCUUGACCCUAUCGCUCUUUGAGGCGCGGGGGAGGGACCCUCCUCUCUGGAGCAGGGAUGCAGUCCACCAGAUGGCCAACUACGCGCUGGGUGUAUUGUGCAGGUGGCUGUCACCGAGCGACCCUCGAGAAAUGAUGGACGACCUCGUGAGGAUCUUCAAACACGCGGUGCUCGCCUCGACGCUGAUGCGCACGCAGAGGGCCAGCUGGACUCUUUGGUUCCCGGAGCAUGUGCAGAUGGAUCCCUACACCAUGAGGGAGGCGGACCAGGAGGAAGAAGAAGAAGAAGAAGAGCGACGAGAACAAGAUGGUGGUGUGGAGGCACACGGCAUGGCUAGCAAGCCCGAGAGGAGCGUGCGCAUCGUCGCCACCCCGGUGCUCUUCAAGCGGGGCAACGCAGAUGGGGAGCUCUUUGACCUGCCGCCAGCCGUCAUGAAAAAGGCCGAGGUCAAGUGUGUGGAUGCGGUUCCGCGGAGGCGCCGGCGAACAUCGUCCGAGUCGCGUUCGAUACAAAAGGACUCGCCACGCUCUUCCAAGGGCAAGUCCAGCCUGUCCAGGUCCAUGACUGAGUCCAAGUCUGGAGAUUCUCGGAAGCCGGGGUUUUCCUUCUUCGGCAAAAAGCAGUAG